UCCCUCCUUUGCGCCACCUUUCUAUCUCUCUGUCCUUCCUUCAGUAUGUCACAUACGUUCAAUCCAAAUUCUUUCUUCCCGGUCCCUCCUCCUCAAGCGCGCGAGGCUCAUCCUAAAGGCAUUCAUACAACCUACUACCAUGCGCACUCUGCAGCGCAGCCCGAGCGCACGGCGUGCUACGAGGAUCCCGCCGACAGGUACACCGCGCCGCCGCCACAUAGGAAUUGGAAGAGAGAUCACAAGCGCCACGAAAGUUCUGAGCACCAUGAGAGCUCUGGCCAUCACCACUAUCACGGCCAUUCGUGGCGGAAGGAUGACCGCAAGCCCUCUUACAAGCACAGGCAGGAUGGAGUCUACGAUCUAUCUUCCCUCCACGGUCAAGGCAACGGGUACACUCAGGACGACGGGUACACUCGCGAUGGAAACGGGUACGCUUGCGACGGAAACGGGUACGCUUGCGACAGAAACGGGUUCGCUGGCGACAACGGGCACACUCAAGAUAACGCCCCCGAAGACGACGACAUCUAUCUCGCCCGCCUCAACGCCCUGCGCUCCUUUGGACGUGCCAUCCUCAAGACCGUCGGCUGGCUCCUCAAGUUCGUCGGCUGGUUCGCCAAGACGAUCGCUUUUGUGGCCAUCAUGUCCUUCGCGGUCGGCUGUGGCGCGGCGGUGGGGGUCGUCCUUUUGAUGGUGGGCAAGCCGUUGGUGGAUUGGCUGGGCAAGCCGUCGGUGGAUUGGCUGGCUGUGAGCGCGGUCACGGUCGGCUCGCUGAGUGAUUCGGAGGACUCGGUCAACUUUUCAGAAGACUCGCUCACCGAUUUAAAGGACUCGGCCGACUUUGCAGACGACACGCGCGCAUCCCUCCCACCCCUCCACGUCGCCCGCGCGGGCGCCGUCGCCGGCGCCAUGGCCUUCUUGGUGCCGGGGCUUCUGUUCUUCCUCACCGAGGUGACAUUUGCGGGGAGUCACUUAUUCGUCAAACCCAGGCGGCUCGUAGAGCGCAUCCUACGGCGAUUGUUCUUCCGCCAUAGCCCUCAAGGGGUAUUUCGCCACAGCUCCCCUCCUGUCUACGCGAACGACUUUGCGCGGGACGAGCGGAUGGAUUUUGUGAUAAACGCGGCGGUUUAUGUGCUGGCGACGCUGUGCUUUGCGGUGGGCGUGGGCGUGUGGGUGGUCAUUCUGCCUCCGGGACUCGGAGAUGAGAAGUCUCCGGGACUCGAAGACGAGAAGUCACUGGUUGAAGACGAGAAGCCAUUCUUUAGCGCGAUCCAGACAAGUCUGCUUGGGUGGGCGGUUAUGCAUGUGGGGUUUGCGGGGGUGCUGGGGCUGACGAUGGCGGUGAAGACUGUGCCGAGCGGGAGUCAAGCGAAGCCGUAUCCAGUGCCCGGCCAUAGCCGCGUGUCAAGCUGCCGCCGCGAAGAAGCCGGGGGCGCGAUCGUGCGAGCGGAAAGCGCGUGGUAUCGCUUCUCUGCUCUUGCGUCCAUCGCGCCUCGAAGCUCUCAAACAGCAGAUCUUUUCGGAAUCCAGCUUCUCCACCGCUCACUGCUCAAGACCUCUAGACGACCUUUCCUCUUCUUCAAAAGCCUUUCUGACGAAUUUCGACGCGCAUAUGCCCCGCUUCAACACAAGAUGAGCCGCUCUCCGUCACUGACGUUGCCGAACUCUGGCUUCCCUGUCUCCCAGGGUGACCCUGACACGCUCGACUUCGCCGGUCGCAAAGCCGACCUUCCCGAGAUCGAGCACUACUCGCUGACGAUGCAAGAGCGCCACGAUCUCAACUUAGCCAAGCAAGCUAGGAACAGAGCCAGCAGAAACGACCGCGCAGCCUUCCCCGACGUUGGCCCCGCCAUUGAAGCGUACUACGCCUACAUUUCGGUGGAGAUCAUGGAAUGUUACGCCCUUCGCUUCAACUGGUCUACCUUCCCCAAGUCGCUUCUGACCAAGGUCGCUAUUAUCGACGUCAAGUUCAUGACGAAAAAGAUGGAGAAGCACGCCGAGACGAAGCCUCAAGCUGCGCUCUUCGGAAGACUCUUCGGCCCUCGCACGUACUUGCCGCUCGAACUCGACACCCAGACCGCGAUGCCGGAUGCUGUCCUCACGGCUAUCGGCCUCGGUGUCUAUCCUCCUCUGUCCUUCCUGUCCAACCACGAGUGGCCUAGAAGCCGACUGUCUGAUGACAUCACCAGUGACCAAGUCUGCCUUCGCACUGUUCCAGCAGGUUACAAAACGAUAGGCGGGUCCCAAAAAGAUGAGGUGGAGCCGCCGGUUGUCGGCCCGACGCCGGUAGAACGUACGGUGCACGACGCCUACACACUGUGCGGGAUGGUACACUUUUUGGAUCUGAACGAUGACAAUCUAUGCGACAUCGCCGCAUAUCUCUCGGUCAAAGAUACGGUCGCUCUGUCUUCAACAUGCUGCACGCUGCGCAGAACCUGCGAGCCCUUCCUCUUCUCCACGUGCCGGUGGAAGCGCUAUGAAACGCCUCCCAGAUCCCUAUGGAAGCUCAUCAAGCAUCUGCACAUCCACACCGAUGCGCCGUACAACUUCCCAAAAAAAAACGACCUCUUCCAUGAUCUCAGCAGACUCGAAUCGCUCCACGUCCGUGCCGAGAAUAUUCAAGUUGGCCUUCGUCAGAUUCUUCUCGAUGCACCUAACCUUCAUACCCUCGAUCUUGCACGCCUGUGUUGGAAGCUUCCAUCGAGCGGUCGCACCGAGGACUCUGAUGAUGAUCCAGACUCGGAGUGCAACUACUCGCUUUACUACGAACCCAUCGGCCCAUUCUCGUCUAUCGCAUGCAGUCCUCGCGCGCUCAAAUUCUGUUCCCAGUUCGACAUACCCUACGGCGAUCGGCCCGAGGGGCUUUGCGCGAACAAGAUGCGCGCAACACGCUCGAGUUUUGCGUCGAUCCUGGUACAGCUCGGCAUCGCUCACAUAGAGCACCUCGAGGUCGGUGUCGAAGCACUUCACCUGCCCAUCGCUGCAGCCUAUACAUGGACGUCGCUUCGCGAACUGGUUCUGACCGGAUACUGGGUCUCGCCGGAACAUCUUUCUGGCCCGUACGACGAUCCAAGCUUGGGGACGCCAUCGUGGGUGUUUGGACAAAUAUACUUGGGAACUCUGCUCGCGGCCAUGCCGAAGUUGGUCGCCUUCAAGGGCGACCCCCUGCCUUCGUCCGGCUCAGUGAUACCAGCACUCGAAGAGUUCGAGCUCUCGAACCCCAACGCCCGAGAUGGCAUAUUCCCGCAUCUACCGCGCUGUCUGCGCGCGCUUGCGUUGCUCACUCAUCCCCACACCUCACACGAGAUGUCUGCUGGAAACCGCAACAUGCAAGCGAAGUUCACAUUGACUCCAUCCGAGGUCAUAGCCGUUUUGUCUGCGGCUCCCUUGCCAGAACUGCGAGUACUACGCUUCUCCGUCCGCGAUCUCGUUGAUGCGGCUGUGAAGGACGUCUGCGAGCAUGUUGCGCGCGCAUUUCCGCGACUUGAGCUGCUGGAAAUUCAUCUUGAGGAUCCUCGGGACAAGAUGUGGUCCGCGCAUGAGAUGACAGCUUGCGCCGAUGCGCUUACCCCGCUUACGCACUUGAGGUGCCUUCGCAUCAGCACCUUUAAUCGGGUGUACGGUGACGUAUUUUGGGAGAAAAUAAAGCAAGAAGAGUCUCAAGAGAGUGUCGAGUUGCAUGAAUGGAGCCGAGGGAUGAUGCCGCGACAUCGCAUCGAGAUCGCAUUGUUCGGCGAGGGGGAUGCGGCCGGCACCCAUCGUCGCUUUCCGCAGCUGCGCGAGGUCUGGCUGCCUAACACCAUUCAGCUCGGCACGAGAUUCGGGAUGUAUGGCCAACGCAGAGUUUGGAGGAUUUAUGAUGUCGAUUGCACUGAAGAGGGGAAGCGGUUCCUCAGAGUCGAUCCCGGUCCGCAUAUAGAGCCACAAGGCCACGGCUGUGCGACAUCUGUGGGACAAAGCGCUCUCUUCCAUGCAGGGAAAGGUGUUGUGUCGUCGUCAUACACCGCUUUCUCAGUGGCCACAAAGGGCCCGAGCACCGACAUGUACAAGUCCAUUACGCAGCUCCAGUCCGCCGCCAUCGGGCAGCACACCCACGGCGGCAUCCCACAAUCGCCUCUGGCUCGCACCGGCACGUUCGACUCGGACUCGGCAAUUUUGUCUCCAACUUCCACCGAGAGACAAUGCGGCUUCUUCUACAUCUUCGUCCUCGUGACUGCCUUCAGAAUGGGCAUCGUAGUCCUCGCCAUAGUCAUUGGGCACCAAGUCCUUCUCUACAAACAUGGAAAGGACUCAUCGUGGAACGUCCCGGAAAGUGGGGUAGCGCGCGCUGGCGCCAUCGGUACCGCCAUUCUGUCCCUGCUCACGAUGCAUAUGUGGAGGCUCCUCAAGAAGAAAUAUCUUCUCAUAUUCUUCCUGCUGAAUUGCGGCCUGUUCCCGGCGGAGGGUGCUAUCGGAGCUGCGAUCCUUCGAGCCGGUGGGCAUGUAGCGUUGAUUGCGGCACAGAGCGCGAUAGCUGCCCUCGUGGGCGGCCUUAUGCUGGCAUGUUCCGCUAUCUUCUUUCUUCUGGCCCUGGAGGAUACCUAA